CCACCCCCGCGAGGCUGCUGCAGCCUACGCUAGCCGGCCACAGCCUGCCACUGGCGAAGCCCGAUCCUGACCCUAAGUCGCGCGGGGCUCGACGUGGGGCACCUGGACCGCGGCGGCGGGCAGGCGAUGCUCCAGAGACCUGAGCAGCCAUGGAGGCCGAGGCGGGCGGCCUGGAGGAGCUGACGGACGAGGAGAUGGCGGCGCUGGGCAAGGAGGAACUGGUGCGGCGCCUGCGGCGAGAGGAGGCGGCGCGCCUGGCGGCUCUGGUGCAGCGCGGCCGCCUAAUGCAGGAGGUGAAUCGACAGCUGCAGGGUCACCUAGGCGAGAUCCGCGAGCUCAAGCAGCUCAACCGACGCCUACAGGCCGAGAACCGUGAGCUGCGCGACCUCUGCUGCUUUCUGGACUCAGAGCGCCAGCGCGGGCGGCGCGCCGCUCGCCAGUGGCAGCUCUUCGGGACCCAAGCAUCCCGAGCUGUGCGCGAGGAUCUGGGCGGUUGUUGGCAGAAGCUGGCUGAGCUGGAGGGCCGCCAGGAAGAGCUGCUGCGGGAGAACCUAGCGCUUAAGGAGCUCUGCCUGGCGCUGGGCGAGGAGUGGGGUCCCCGCGGCGGCCCCGGUGGCGCGGGGGGCUCAGGCUCCGGGCCGACACCGGAGCUCGCCUUGCCCCCCUGCGGGCCCCGCGACCUGGGGGAUGGAAGCUCCAGCACCGGCAGCGUGGGUAGUCCUGAUCAGUUGCCCCUGGCUUGCUCCCCAGAUGUCUGAGGGCGCAGCUUCCUUCGCUUCGAGGCCCGCCGGGACAGCUCCGCAAUCUCCCAUAUUGCGGUGGAUCUCGGGACAUGGAAGCCGUCGGGGCUGCAUACGAGGGGCCGCUGGCAUGGACUUAGACACCCUGGCACUGAGGAGGGCCCCUCGUCUCGCUGGCUGGGCAACAGGGGGACUGGAGGCUGGAGCGGAGGGACUUGCAGGGGCUGGGUGGGGGCUAAUAAACUGGGACGGAAGC